AUGCCGAUGGCGGUAGGACCAGUGUCCGCUCCGGCGGAGCUUGAGGUUCCGGUUCCUAAGGGAGCAGAUGCCGAUCUCAGUUUAGCUGGCCUCCCGGGCAGCCUACCAACCACGUUGGAUACGGAGGCCCUCAACACUGCAUCAAAGAUCCUGCACGUAAUCGACAGGUAUCGCCUGAGAAAGACACCCGGAGCCCCGGUUCGCGCCGAUGAAGGAGCACUCAAGUUCCUGGCGGUCAUCUACAGCCAUGUUCGAGCUGGUGAGGCGGUACCGAUGUGUCUUCCCGCCUUCCCCUUCAAGUCCCCGAACUCUUCCACAAAGGUGCUUGGCAAAUUGCCUGAUCGCGCCGAAGAGCUGGCCUUGGCUCACCUGAAUGGACUGUGCUUGGCCAUUGGCGACAUAUAUCCGCCGGGCGCGAAGCUCACAAUUAUUUCUGACGGUCUUGUGUACAACGACCUGCUCGGCGUUCCCGACAAAGAUGUGUGGGCAUACGGGGAGGCUCUCAGGACGCUGGCUCUCCAGAAGGGCUUCACAAAUAUCCAGUUUUGCCGACUUCGUGAUCUCGUCUCGAUUCCUCUCCCAGAGCAGCUCGACGAGAUGACUUAUGUCGCCAACGCGUCAAAUUUCCGUCGAGCGCUCCUCAACACGUUCAGCCGUCCGGACUGGGAAUGGAAGGUCGUCAGCCAAAGCGAAGACGUCUGCCUGACGUAUCGAGGCUACAUCAAGUUCCUCGAGACCGACUUGCAAGAUGUCUACCCUCUCCGGGAUGACCGCACCAAGAGCAAGUACAAGCGAGGAAUUGAGUACAUUGCAAAGGAGAUGAUGGCGCGAGGAGAUGCAUUUGCAAGCGCCGUGCGCCAAAAGUACCGGGAUCACGUACGCCUGUCAAUUCACCCUUCGACAGGCGCCGCCAAGCUUUCCAUCAGCCUCCUGCCGACGACAACCAUGUUCACGACGCCGUGGCAUUGCACCGUUGCGGUCAAGAUUGACGGGUCCAUUGUUUCCGGCAUGCGAUCAGAGUUUGCGAAUGAUGAGAACAUGGAGCUCGUCCACGAAAACGGGCGACCUAGCUAUUUCCGCGAAAAGUCGGAGCUCUUUAAAUGGGGAGAAGCCAAGGGUGGGAUUACUUGCGAGCCGAUCUAUCCCAGCGGCUGGCUUAUCAGACCAGCCAACGGCUCCGGGACCAUGAAGAUUGGUGAUGUUGAUGCAGGCAAGGUUCGAGCCCUCUCCGAGAUCAAUUCGCCGGUGAUUAUGAGGGGAUUCUUCGAAAAGCCCAAUGAGGACGUCUUCAUCGAGAAAUCCAGGGAGUUUGGAGAGCCACUGCCGUGGAAGUUCGGCUUGUUGCUCAAGGUCAAGGACCACGGCGCCGAUACUCGUGGGCUCAACAACGUCCUGUCAGCGGAGUGGAUGCCGUUCCACUACGAUGGCCUCUUCAAGACGACGAAGAAGAUCAACGAAAAAGGAGAGGAAUCUCUUGUUUCUGUUCCCCCGCACUUCCAGUUCUUCGCCGGCGCCACGGCGUCUCCACGAACGACCGGCUUCACGCUCUUCUCAUCCUCCACGCAGAUUUUCAAGCACCUUCCGGCAGGCUACACCGUCGAGGGCCUGACGGGCAAGACAUGGUCAGUGUCGACGUCUUCGUUUGAUCAGACCGUGUUGAAGGGCAUCCCCCUCAUCGAGUCCCAUCCGACCACCGGAAAGCCUUGCUUGCGAUACCACGAACCUUGGCCGCAGAGCAAGACCAAGUUUGACGCCACGAAUGUGAGGAUCGAGGGGUGCGACGAGAGUGAGAGCGCCGCCAUCUGCGAAGCCAUCGACUCGGCGCUGCAUGACCGUCGGGUGGCCUACUAUCACAUUUGGGAAAAGGGCGAUCUCGUGGUCAGCGAUAACGUUUUGAUGAUGCACACUCGAAGCGACUUUAACGCUGGCAGCGACCGGGAGCUGUGGCGUAUCCAUUUUGACUGA